UUCUUCGUUUAAACGAACUAUAAAGGUCUACUGGGCCAACGCCUAGAGUGGCGCCAGAGUUUUGAACGGUGUAGUUUACGUUAGCUGACUGACCCUCUGCGCUUCUCCAGUUGGAUUGUAGAACGCGAUGACCGUCCCUUCUGCGGAGGAGCUGGACUCCUUCAAGUACAGUGACCUGCAGAACUUAGCCAAGCGUCUGGGCCUCCGGGCUAACCUGAGGGCAGACAAGUUGUUAAAAGCCUUAAAAGCCCAUCUUAAACAUGAAGAAAGAAAAGAAAAGAAGAAUCAGGAUGAAAGUCAAACUUCUGGAUCCUCCAAGGAUGAAACUGUGAUACAGAUUAACAGUCAUGAACAAGCCAACAGGGAGCCAAUUGGCAAUAUCACCAAAACGAGGAGGUGCAAGACAGUUCAUGGGCACCCUGACUCUCAGCAGGAUCAUUCUGAGGUAAAAAUGAGUGAUGAUACUGAAUUCCAGAAUCAAGAAAAGCAGAAAAACCAGGAUCUUGGAACUACUGCAAAAGUUCCUUCUCUGCCAGACCAGAGCCAAGGAGAUGAUAAUGUUGUUUCCUCAGGAAAAAGUGAGAUGAAUGACAAUGAAGAUUCAAAGGGACCUUCAGAAAGAAAGUCACUCUACACAGAUGGGUUUUCCAAACUUGGAAACAAUAAAAGAACUACAGUCACUACUCCAAAUUUUAAGAAGCUUCAUGAGGCUCGUUUUAAGGAAAUGGAGUCCAUUGAUGAAUAUAUUAAGAGAAAAAAGAAACAUUUUGAAGACCACAACUCCUUUCAUGAACUGAAGAAGCAGCCUGGCAAUAAGGGAGGAGUAGUAACUCCAGUUCCUCCGAAAGGAAGACUCUCUGUGACUUGUACACCAAUCAGCCAGCAGCGCUCAAAAGGCCAAUCACAUGGCCCUGCAAGUCGGAGCACUAGGUAUCUGAAGGGGUCAGUCAAGCACUCUCCUCUCUCAGCAGCUAAAAUGAGUGUCAGGUUUUCAGCUGCUACUAAAGAUAAUGAGCAUAAGCAUUCAAUGAUCAAGACUCCAGCUAGAAAGUCUCCACAUGUGACCACAUCUGGGAAAACCUCAGAAGGCCAUGCUGUGCUGGGGACACCCAAUUUAAAGACCAACAGAGGGAAUUCUGCUGCAGUUAUUACCCCAUUCAAGUUAACAACUAUGGCAAUGCAGACUCCAGUCUCCAAUAAGAAACCAGUAUUUGAUCUCAAAGCAAGUUUGUCUCGUCCCCUCAACUAUGAGCCACACAAAGGAAAGCUGAAACCAUGGGGGAAAUCUAAAGAAAAUAAUUCUCUGAAUGAACAUGUGGACAGAGUUACGUUCCAUAAGAAAACCUAUAAACAACCUCAUCUCCAGACCAAGGAAGAGCAGCGGAAGAAACAAGAGCAAGAACGAAAGGAGAAGAAAGCAAAGGUUUUGGAAGCUCGAAGGGGCUUCAUUAUACUUAAAGAUGAGUAAUUUGUUAAUGUCCUAUAAAUAUUCCUUUAUUCUGAAAUUGUUUUCUGAAAUUUUGUAAAUAUUUUUAUACUGUCUUUCCCACUUUCGUCAGAGAUCUUUCUCUGUUAACUUUUAUUCAUAAUCUAUAUAGCAUCUAUGUGUUUUUUAUGUUCUGGCAUUCUUUGGAAUAGUGUUUAUCUUAAGUCCCUGUACAGCCCAGUUUUCUCAUGAGACAUCUUAGAGCUUAACCUAGAUCUUUAAUGUCAAGCUUCUUUACUAUUUCUAACAUUAACAGCCUUGCUGUCCUCUAUGCAAUAGCAUUUACCUGAUGAAGCUAGUCAUACCACAAGCUUAAGUAGAAUUUGAACAAUAAAAAGUUAACAAUAAGAAAGCUGGGACCAAAAGGCCACCUCUUAUCUUCUAACCUACAAAAUCUAGCAAUCUUGAAACUGGACUAAUGGUUGCCCAUAUGAAAAUGUUUAUAAUAAAGACUUCAUGUCAUUGCUACCUGUCAUUCACUAUAUCCUUAAAAAUAAAAUUCUAUAUCUCAUUCUAGCCUUUCAU